GGCUUCUCGGUCCGAACUCUGUUCACACACCCACGGCAACAUCUUCUCUGGCAUCAUUUCACUUCUUCCAUUCCUUAGAUUGGAGCUAGACAGGCGGUUCGGCUCAUUUCGAAAAAGGCGGCUGGCGCGCAAUGGGAUUCUUUCGGCUGUUGCAAGAUAUCAUGGGCUGUAUCGUGGGCAUUUUGGCGUAGGGCUGGUAUUUUGCUUUUGCAAGCGCUCGAAAUUGGUACUGCAAGCGAUUGCGGUGUUUUUGAUAUGGAUGGGGAAUACCCAGGGAUAAUUGCACUUGUCAUCAUUUGCUCUCGGCCUCAUCCCACGUGUGCCCACGCCUGCGUCAGUCCUCUCAUAUCUCCCCAGACCGCCAGGUCAGUUUUCUUUGAUUCCACUUCUGGACUUGCGGACCCCGUUAUGCACGAUUGCCGCAAUAUCCGCCGUUGCUUUCAGCCUCAUAUCAGCGUGCUUUCGGCUGUUUUGCAUGAUCCAGAUCAUGCAGCCUCAGUGUCUCCGGUGUCACUUCCUGCACUAAUACAGCCUCAAUAUCCGGCGCAUUAUAGGGCUAUAGCAGGUACGCAAAGCUACAAUAUAGGUCCGCAUCGCAAGGCGCCACUAUGCCACAUUCACUCCGUUUAACGCUUUCGACUUCGUUUCUUCGGGCCGUUAGCAAGAAAGUUCAAAGACAGCUGUCUACGUCCCAAGAAAUGGAAUGUAAAUGUAGAGCG